UGAGAAGACUUAUAUUUCGAACUACAUUUCUAAUUGUUGAUUUUACAAUUGUGUUCAAUUAAUUGAUGAAGUGGUGACAUUUACAUUAGUAUUUUAUUGUUCCUCAUCAGUGAUAUCACUAAAAGACGAUAUGGUUGUUACGAAGAAUUUUCAAUUCCCUUCAGACGAAGAGUUAAAUAUACAAGAAUUAUCUAUCACUUGGCCGUAUAUUCGAACUGCUGCUGCAUUUAUUGGAAAGAAAUGUGAAUGGUUUAACAAUGAGUUCAUGUUAUGUAGACAAGAAUUAAAGGAUCCACGUAAGUGUAUGAAAGAGGGAAGAGAAGUAACAAAUUGUGCAAUAAAUUUAAUGCUAGACAUCAGAAACCAUUGUCGAAAUGAAUUUGAAGCACAUAUGAAGUGUGCAUACGACUUAUGUGGCGAACAUAAUGAUGGCAGAUGCAGUGACACUCAACAGUUACUUGAUGACUGUAUGUUGAAGAAAUUAAAUUUAGAACGACCACCUGAUGGAUACUUUUGCGAAGCUAGAGUGCAUAACACAUCAAGACCUAAGCCAGAGAAAAAGAAGAGAGAAUAUCCAGACAGAGUACCCGAUUCAGUACCUCCACCAUAUCCUCCUCCAAGGUAUAUGGGAUCUGAAGGUUUUGCUAAUUAAUUUUUGUUAGUGUUACUGUAAAUUUCAUAGUCAAAAUAUACAAGUU